AUGACGGAUUACCCCCAGCCUCCUCAGAACUCGGCAAAGCUCGAAACUAGAAUGUUUUUCUUCAAGGUUCUCUUGCCAAUAUGGCUUGCAUCCACAACCUACGGGCAAGGCGAUCCAAAGAACCACACUCCCAAUGCAACUGGAACUGGUGGGUGGGAUGUCGCCAUUUCAAAGACAAAAGCUUUCGUUUCCCAGCUGACCGCGGAAGAGAAGGGCAGUCUUUCUACUGGAACUGGUUUUCCUCAGGAUCCAAAUAAUCCGUAUCAACUGUGCCAGGGCCAAACUAUGCCAAUUCCCCGUCUAACCUUUCCCGGAUUCUGUUACAUAGAUAGCGACACGGGCAUCGGGAACUCAUAUUCAUAUGGAACUGGCUUUCCACCGGGUACAACUGUUGCCUCAACUUGGAACAGAGCGUUAAUCUGCGCUCGCGGAUUUGCAAUAGCCACAGAGCAUAAAAACAAAGGUGCCCAUGCUGUUCUAGGGCCAGUUCUUGCUCUUGGCCGUACCGUCAGUGGAGGCACCAACCUUGAAGGCUUUGGUAACGACCCUUUUUUAAUUGGCGUUGCCGGGUACGAGACUGUGAUUGGAGAGCAGGCUGCUGGUGUGCAAGCCGACAUGCCAGGAGUGGCGGCCAAUGGUGGCGAUUGGGGAUUCUAUGGUGCAAACCUUACGAAGUCUGUGAAUAACGGAUCCGUACCGGAAUGGAGAUUGAACGAUGCCGCAACCAGGAUCAUGACUCCUUAUUUCCUUCUUGGCCAGGACCGCGACUAUCCCGAUAUCAACCUAAUUGACGAUCCCCACAAGGCUAUUGUGGAUAGUCAACGCCAGCGGCACAGAAUCCUCGCCCGCGAAAUUGCUGCAGCGGGAACUGUUCUUCUCAAGAACACAGAUGGGAGAUAUGGUCUUCCUCUUAGGAAGCCUACUACCAUCACAUUGUUUGGACCUGCUGCCGGGCCCAAUCCAUACGGACCUAAUCAGUACGGCUAUGGAAAUGGCGUUCUACCCAGUGAAUGGACUAGAGCAAACGGCUAUUCAGUGGAUUCUCUAACCAUGGGUAUUGGCGAAGGAAUCCUAGCUGGGGGCGCUGGCUCGGGAUAUACUUUCUUCGCCAAUAACUGCGACAAUACCAUUGUUGUGGUCCAAGCUGUUGGUCCUGUGAAUAUGGAGCAAUGGAUCGACCACCCAAAUUCCACUGCUGUGGUUUGGGCCAACCUCGGAGGCCAGGAGCUCGGUCCCGCACUUGUUGACAUCCUCUACGGUGACGUGAACCCUUCUGGUAGAUUAGUAUAUACAAUUGCGAGAAAUCUUUCCGAUUGUGCCCAAGCCGACAUAAUCACUGGUCCUCAGCCAUACCCUCAGAUCAAUUACACUGAAGGUAUCUCUGUUGACUACCGUGGUUUGGAGAAGCGCGGGAUUGAACCUCGCUUCUGA